AUGUCUUCAGCACCCAACACCGAAACAAUCGGCGAGCUUUUGAUACCAUUGCACGUAAAAUACAUCCAGUCUCUCGACACACGUAAAGACGACCUUGAAUACUGGCUUACAGAGCACUUGCGUUUGAGUGGCAUUUAUUGGGGCCUUACUGCGCUGGACCUCAUGUACCACAUUGACGCCUUGCCACGCAACAAGAUUAUAGACUAUGUCAAGAGUCUCCAACACGAUAAUGGUGGAUUUAGAGCGGACAAGGACCACGAUACACAUCUUUCAAAUACUUUAUACGCGGUUCAAAUCUUAGUUACUUUGGAUGCUUUAGAAGCUAUUGAUCUUGACAAAGCGAUAGAAUAUGUUCAAACACUACAAAAUCCAGAUGGAUCUUUCAGAGGAGAUGAAUGGGGAGAAGUGGAUUCGCGAUUUUCAUACAUGGCUCUGAAUUUAUUAUCACUCGUGAAACGCUUGGAUGCGAUCAACAUUGAGAAGACGGUUGAAUGGAUUUUACUGUGCAAGAACUACGAUGGAGGCUUUGGCAGUCGGCCGGGAUCAGAGUCGCAUGCAGGCCAAAUCUUUUGUUGCGUGGCUGCACUAGCUAUUGUAGACGCUCUUCAUCACGUGGACAGAGAUUUAUUGAGUUGGUGGCUAUGUGAAAGACAGUUGAAGAACGGUGGACUUAAUGGUAGACCACAGAAACUAGAAGAUGUGUGCUAUUCAUGGUGGGUUCUCUCCUCACUGUCUGUCCUGGGAAAUGUGCAUUGGAUUGACAAGGAAAAACUGUCGAAAUUCAUCCUGUCAGCACAAGAUCCUGAAAAUGGAGGUAUAUCGGACAGGCCUGGAGACAUGGUGGAUGUGUUUCAUACUGUAUUUGGUGUAGCAGGCUUAUCGUUAUUAGGGUAUCCUGGAUUGAAAACUGUAAAUCCAGUUUAUUGUAUUCCGAAGUAUGUCAUUUCUCGCCUUGGAAUCAAUCAAUACUACAUGGAAUAA